ACACAGGCGGGCGUGCGCGUGCGCGGCCGCCGCUCUGCGCUACCGGGCGCUAGAAAAGGACAGAGGGCGCGAGGGAGGGAGGCGGCCUCCGACCCGGCGGAGAAGGGGUCAGGACAGAAGGAGCAAGCUGUGGAAUGGUAUAAGAAAGGUAUUGAAGAACUAGAGAAAGGAAUAGCUGUCAUAGUUACGGGACAAGGUGAACAGUGUGAAAGAGCUAGACGUCUUCAAGCAAAAAUGAUGACUAAUUUGGUUAUGGCCAAGGAUCGUUUACAACUUCUAGAGAAGCUGCAACCAGUUUUGCAAUUUUCCAAGUCACAAACGGAUGUCUAUAAUGACAGUACUAACUUGGCAUGCCGAAAUGGACAUCUCCAGUCAGAAAGUGGAGCUGUUCCAAAAAGAAAAGAUCCCUUAACACACGCUAGUAACUCGCUGCCACGUUCAAAAACAGUUAUGAAAACUGGAUCCGCAGGUCUCUCAGGUCACCACAGAGCACCCAGUUGCAGUGGUUUGUCCAUGGUUUCGGGAACGAGACAAGGACCUGGCUCUACAACAGCCACUCAUAAGGGUACUCCAAAAACAAACAGAACAAAUAAGCCUUCUACCCCUACAACUGCUUCUCGUAAAAAGAAAGACUUGAAGAAUUUUAGGAAUGUGGACAGCAACCUGGCUAACCUUAUAAUGAAUGAAAUUGUGGACAAUGGGACAGCUGUUAAAUUUGAUGAUAUAGCUGGUCAAGAGUUGGCAAAACAAGCUUUGCAGGAAAUUGUUAUUCUUCCUUCUCUGAGACCUGAGUUGUUUACAGGGCUUAGAGCACCUGCCAGAGGAUUAUUACUCUUUGGUCCACCUGGAAAUGGGAAGACAAUGCUGGCUAAAGCAGUAGCUGCAGAAUCGAAUGCAACCUUUUUUAAUAUCAGCGCUGCAAGCUUAACUUCAAAAUAUGUGGGAGAAGGCGAGAAAUUGGUGAGAGCUCUUUUUGCUGUGGCUCGAGAACUUCAACCUUCUAUAAUUUUUAUAGAUGAAGUUGAUAGCCUUUUGUGUGAAAGAAGAGAAGGGGAGCAUGAUGCUAGUAGACGUCUAAAAACAGAAUUUCUAAUAGAAUUUGAUGGUGUACAGUCUGCUGGAGAUGACAGAGUACUUGUAAUGGGUGCAACUAACAGACCGCAGGAGCUUGAUGAGGCUGUUCUCAGGCGGUUCAUCAAACGGGUAUAUGUAUCUUUACCAAAUGAGGAGACAAGACUACUUUUACUUAAAAAUCUGUUAUGUAAACAAGGAAGUCCAUUGACCCAAAAAGAACUAGCACAACUUGCUAGAAUGACUGAUGGCUACUCAGGAAGUGACCUAACAGCUUUGGCAAAAGAUGCAGCGUUGGGACCUAUCCGAGAACUGAAACCAGAACAGGUGAAGAAUAUGUCUGCCAGUGAGAUGAGAAAUAUCCGAUUAACUGACUUCACUGAAUCCUUGAAAAAAAUAAAACGCAGUGUGAGUCCUCAAACUUUAGAAGCAUACAUACGUUGGAACAAGGACUUUGGAGAUACUACUGUUUAAAGAAAUGCCUUUGUAAGCCUGUAGAACAUUUAUUUAACAAGAGAGAAGCAUCUGAUCUUCAGUGAACGGUUAUCAGCUACAAAAACUCAACCUAAGUUUACAGGACUUUUCAGAGUUUUACAGUUAUUUGUGUACCAAACUUGAACAAGAAAACAAUAUACAAUGUGAAUGGAAUAUUGUGUUUUUUAAGGCCUUCUUGCCUUGGUGGACAUGGUAUCUCAAUGGGCACUUAAAUUAGAGCACAACAAAAAAUGAAUCUGGUGGUCUUUGCCAAUAUAAUCCUAGUGUAAAUAAUAAUUUGUAUAUUGUGUUGCAGGUGAAAGUAUUCCAGAGACAGUGAAUGGUAGAAGACACAAAAGCCUGUGGUCGUCUGUCUUCUAAUAUGUUUUUCUUAAAAGAGUAAUUUUUCCAAUUUUCCUUUCCUAUGUUUUUCUUAAGAACCUGUAAUUAGAACACCAAACACUUUUUAAGUUUCCUUUUUUUCUUUUCCUUUUAUAAAUUCAGAGUGCCAAAUGAAACUUUCCUACCAGCAAUAGGAAAAGGCCAUUUUGAGACUUUUUUCUUCAUAAAUCUACAGACAUUAAACAGUUUUUUGUUUUUAUUUUUUCUGAUACCUUACUUACUGCCAAAUAAUUUAGAAAGCAAUAUAAUGACAACAAAGCAAAGCUAGUAAAAUAGAACAGGUUUAAAGGUUUGAGUUUCUCUGUCAUGUAAUAUGUAGAUCAGUCCUCAUGACCUGCAGUAUUUUUUUUUCCUAAUGUGUCAGGAAUCUGCUGUAGACUGUUAAUUUAUUCCAUCUGGAAUUCAUUUUCUGCCAAAAUUCUGAUACUCAAAGGAGCCAAUUUUAACUGUUACAAAGUGGCUCCAGUACAAAAAGAGGGAAAUACUGGGAGAUAAGAAAUUUCUAAUUUAUUGUUUAUCACUUUCUUACUGUUUACAGUAUAAUUAUAAGCCAGUGGAACUACCGUACUUUAUUCUUAAUAACUAUGAAUCCCUUCAAUGAAGCUAAAAUACUGAAUUUUUAUAUACAUUGCAUACAUUUUAUAGGUUUCUUGUGCUCACUUUAUUAACUAAAAAGUUGUAGUCUGUAUGUCUAGUUUCUCCAACAUGUACAGCAAUUCUGUUUCUUGUUUGUAUAAAUAUGCUUGAUUUUUAUUAUAAAAAUGUUCAUUGUAGGAAGUAGAGACGCAUAUCAUGGCCUUUAAAAUAUUGUAAUAAAGGCAAAUGGAUAUUUGCCCUUAGUUUACUGGUUAAAAGUUUGUUUACAGAAUUUUCUUUGGUGCUUUAGUGAUGCUUUGUAAAAUGUCAUGAGUGGAAAGCAUAAUUUUGUAGUAGUAACAGAGACUUCAAUUAGGAAAGGUGUUUUGAGAGAACACAUUAAAGUACAUUUGCCCCUACUGGAUAAGAACUUUGCAACAAAGACAUACAUUCUCUUUGAUUUUACUUCUGUCUUGUUAAAAAAUUAUUA